AUGUCGCUGAUUAUCAAAUUGUUGGGCGGAACUAUCGGCUUCAUGCAGAUGAGAAGGAAGGCUCAGCUCAUGUGGGGAAAAGCAGGUACGGUAGAUCUCUCGGACAUAGGUAAUGGUUACAUGAUUGCAACCUUUACAGACUGGGACGACUAUUUCUUUGCUCUGGAAGGGGGCCCCUGGUUGGUCGCCAGUCAUUAUCUAACGGUCCAGACUUGGAAACGAAAUUUCCAACCUUGGAAUGAACGUAUCAACCGAGUAGCGGUGUGGGUGAGACUACCUGGAUUACCAGGAGAUUACUAUGACCGUAAAUUCUUCUAUAACCUGGGUAACCAGAUAGGAAAGGCGAUUAAGGUGGAUGAGAUGACACUGACAAGAGCAAGAACGAUGUUUGCUAGGAUGUGCGUAGAAGUGGACUUGAACGCCCCACUACUUCCGUCUUAUAUGGUCGAUGGAAAUAUCCUUAAGAUAGAAUAUGAGGGACUACAUCUGAUUUGCUUUGGGUGUGGAAAAUUUAGACACAAUGCAGAACAUUGCCUGGCCAAAAACACGCAAAAUGGCCAGAACCAUGAAGGAGGAAAACAGGGGGAGAGGAAAGCUUCCAACACCGGUGAAAGCACAAGGAGCCCGGAAAACAAACCGGCAACCUCUCAGGAACACCCCUACGGAGGAUGGAUGGUGGCACAAAGACCAAGACGGGGGAGAAGACCUGCACCUAGAGAGGAUCAGACUAGUACUGAAAUAAAAAAAGGUGGCAGAAAGGAGAAGAAAGCAGGUACCUCGAGAUUUGCUGUGUUGGAAGUUGAGGAAGAGACUGGCGGGGAAGAAAUAGUACAAAAAGGAAACAGAGUACCACUACAAGAAAUUUCUAAUGAACAGAAAGGAAGAGAAAGUAACCCGAAAAAGUAUGAACCAAUGAAAAAGAAACAAAAUAAAAAGUUAGAGUUGAGAGCCAACCAAGGGAAGGAAGUACAACGUGGCAUAUUAGAAAAAGAGAGUGGUAAAAGUGACAGAAAUAUAGAAGCAACAGAGAGCAGAAUAAGAGAGAGAUCAAGGGAAAGGUCAAUUGAGAAAAAGAAAGAAGAGCAGGUGAGAGGAAGCAGCGACAGUAAUUGCAGCAGUGGGACCGACCCAGUGACACGGCAGAUUAUCAGACAUGAGAGAGAUAUGUGUAAGUUGGGCCAGUCUGAAGAGAGACCAAUUGGGCCGAGAAUUGAAAAUAGAGAACACCUAGAGGACAACAUUGUGGAAAGCUUCUUGGGCAAUCUUCUAGACCGGCCUGAGGCGGGCAUGGAUCUGGACACUAAACCACCAGACCCAGAAGUCCAGUUGGAAGCAACGGAAUUGUAUAAGGAGGAGGGGCUUGUCCGGCAAGGAGAAGAAGGGGCCAGUAAGGAACGCGAUACUGAUCUCAGUAACGCAUAA